AUGUCGUAUAUAGUUGGUGAGCCUUUUCGAAAUGAGUUCAAUGCGGACAAGUCUCCUGAGGCUUUUCGUUCCGAUGCGAGAUAUGUCCUCGAUGUAGCCGGUGAGAUCAAUAUUCAGAAUGUCUUGUACGGCAUAAAUUACGCGGUCGCGGCGCGGAGAACGCUGAAACGAAGAAGGGUGCUGAGGCGGAACUGGAAGGAGUGCGAGUGUCGGUCGUGCGGUGUCGGCGCUGGUGCGAGCCCGUGCCUCCACCGCCAGUCGCCGACUGCUGUCCGCGCCAUGCGCUCGCAUACUCCGCGCCCACACCGCGGACACCUCCCGCAACCGCCGCCUUGCAUCAUGAAGGCAGUGAUGCUGUUGGUCGCGUGGGCGGCGUGCAGCGCGGGUGAGCCGCUGAGCGCGGCGCUGCAGCGACGCAGCUCGCGACCCGGCGUGUACGCGGACACGUUUUCACGCGGUUACCGGCCCUUCGCGUUCGUGGCCGUGCCGCUGCACGCGCCAGUGCCCGUCCUGCACGUGCUGUACCCCGCGCCCGCACCGCCGUCGCGGGCGAGGCCGCCGGCCGGCAACGCCGCUGCGAGCCCGCUGGCGGCGCAGCCGUCGCAACUAGCGCCGGUGUACGCGGCGGCCAUGCCGCACGGGUGGUUCGCGCCGGCGCUGAAGCUGCCGCCCGCGCCGACGCCCGCGGCGCCGCCGCCGCAGGAGACAGCGCUCGAGGUGCUGUACGCGCGGCCCACGGCGCAAGGAGGCUACGAGUACAGCCGUCGGCGCACGCGCCGGCCGGCUGGCUCCCGCCCGCGACGCCCUCCGCCGCCGCGGCCCCUCCUCAUUCGCGUGCACAAGUACCGCGUGGUGCGCGACCGCUGACGCUCGGGACGGCGAGGUGUUUGUCCUCUGUCAUGCCUGAUGGAACCGAGUCAUAGCAAGUCAGUGAGACUUGUGCAUAUUGUUAACGCCUUCUAGUAGUGCCUCGUAAUUCAAGUAGAAACGAUAGUUACAGUCAGCGUCACACUGACACGAAAAGUUUUAGAACUUAAUCCGUUUGUACACUCCGAUCGUAGUGUAAAUGAAAUCGCCCACUCGGGUUUGUACAGACGUCGGCACAUCAUAUAGCUCGAUGUACAUUGACAGAUCUCGUUGCGUUACUUGAUGUGCUGUUGACUGUACAUGAGUAUUUUUGGUUAUCAUUUUGUUUUGCGCUGUUAGUUAAAAGUAUGUUCCUGUACGUAACCUAAAAGUAGACAUAUAAAAAUAAUUGCAAUCUGCC